CCCCACCCAUGCAUCAUUGCUCCUAAAUUUAGUACUUUAAACACUGUACGCUCGGAAGACCCCAUGUGGUGGUCUUAGCUCCUUUGCCCCGAGCAUUUGCAGAGGCUUUAUAAAUACCAUUCUGUUCUUCUAUUAACCCCAUCCUCUCCUUCUAAGCCUCUCUUCACUCCUCUCCAUCUACUCAUCUUACAUGGCAGUCCGUCUCCUCAACUACGUCGUAGCUGAUCUCUGUCUCGGCAAGCCGCCUCUCAAGUCCCUCCCGGCCUCUGUCACGGUGGCAGAAGCCUUAACAGCCCUCAAGACUUUCGAGGAAAACUACAUCAGUGUCUGGAGCUGCAAGGAUAAUCAAGAUGGUAUUGAUGAGAUUGAGGAGGUUGAUGAGGACUGUGUUUGUAUCGGAAAGGUGUGCAUGGUUGAUAUCAUAUGCUUUCUUGCGAAUGAAGAGAACUUGAGCUCUCCGGCUGAGGCCUUGGCCUCUCCUCUCUCGGCUCUGUUGACACCGGCUCCUGGGAUUGUUAGGCAUGUGGAACCCUCGUCGAGUUUGUUGGAUGCAAUUGAUCUUAUACUUCAAGGGACUCAAAAUCUGGUGGUUCCUAUCAAGACCAGCUCUAGGAGAAAUUUGAGCAAUUCGAGUACUCACAAUGGAGGGGAGUACUGCUGGCUGACUCAGGAGGAUGUGAUCAGGUUCUUGUUGAGCUCAAUUGGCCUCUUCUCCCCGGUUUCAGCGCGGACAGUUGAGUCACUAGGCAUCAUCAGCCCGGACUUUUUGGCGGUGUGGUAUCACUCCCCUGCCUCGACAGCUAUCGGAGCCAUCUCUCAGGCCCUUGCUGAGCAGACUUCUGUUGGAGUUGUGGAUGACAAUGGAAUUCUGGUUGGGGAGAUUUCUCCUUUCACCCUUGCUGGCUGUGACGAGAGUGUGGCAGCUGCCAUCGCGACUCUGUCGACUGGGGACCUGAUGUCCUACAUCGACUGUGGAGGUCCCCCUGACGACAUCAUAAAACUCGUCAAGGAGACACUCAAGGAGAGGAACUAUGAGGGAACGUUGGAGGAAUUCGAGGUCUUUUCCCCCAACAUUUCCUCAUCAAACUCGUCGUCCUCUGAGGACGACGAGUCCUCAGCCUCCCCGAUCACGCCUUUUACCAGGCCGGGGAGGUACAGCAAGUCAAGAAGCUACUCAGCCAGGAUGGUGCCAAAGGCCGAGGCCAUUGUCUGCCAUCCUGGCAGCUCUCUUGUUGCUGUCAUGAUCCAGGCCCUUUCUCACCGUGUCAGCUAUGUGUGGGUCAUCGAAGAUGACUGCCGCCUCAUCGGAAUCGUCACAUUCACCAACAUGCUGGCAGUGCUCAGAGAACAUUUUCACUCAAUGUCUUGAUCAGAGCUUCACAGUGGAUGCAAACCAAUGGGGCCCUUGGAACAGAAGAGAGUCAGAACUUCAGAUGGCUUUAGUUGUCCAUGUACAUAUGAGCUUUAUGUUUUUUGGUCUGUUACUUCAGAGAUUAUGGUUAUGAACAAUAAAUAAAUGUAUGAUGUAAAAUUGUUGCAUUUCUCCGUUUGAACCUUGAACUUUUGUUCAUUCAAUAAUAAAAAGCAACAAUUUUGCAACCA